AUGGAAGCGGACUAUCUACCCAGGACGCGAAGGUCCAGGGCAUGCCCGAGUGCUCAGCACGGCUUCCGAUUUUCCGGGCGGGAGGAAGCCGGCGGCGACAACGACAACAUCAGACCAUCCAACUUCAUCCGGCCUCCAUCGUCGCACAUCGUCGCAGCAAUUGCUAUGGCCAGCUCCCUGAUUAUGCGGCCCGCACUGGGUCGUCGCAUUGCAUCUGUUGCCAUCCGCAGACCUCGCGCUUCGCUCUUCCAGUGCCCUCAGCCAGCGCGAUUUGUCGCCACACACGCGAGGGGCUCGCAAAACCCCUUGGGAAACGUGAAGGCGGCCUAUGAUCCGGCCCCAAAGCCGUAUGCCGUGACUGUUCUACACGACGCCAUCCAGGUGCGGAGUUCCACAACAACCCAGGGAACGCCCAUCCCGGCGAUUUGGUUAAGAGACUAUUGCCGAUGCUCUGAAUGUGUCCAUCCCGAGACGAAACAGCGUCUAGUCGACACCUGGGCGAUCCCAGCCGACAUCAGCGUUACCGAAUGCUCUGAAGUUGGCGACGAAGUUCACGUACUCUUCAGCGAUGGCCACCGCGGUCGCUUCACCAAGCAUUUCCUUGUCCAACAAGCGUCUCAUAAAGACGCACCCACUCGGAUCUGGGGCGCAUUCAGGCCGACGCUGUGGGGAAGCUCGAUCAAGUCCAGUCCUCCCGAGAUAGACUACGAGACGGUCAUGCACUCGGACGAGGGCGUCGGCAAGUGGUUGGCACUGAUUCGGGAAUAUGGCUUUGCCUAUGUCGACGGCUGCCCGCCCACGCCCGAAGCGACCCAGAAGUUGCUGGAGAGGAUCUCCUUCAUCCGCCACACGCACUAUGGUGGCUUCUGGGACUUUACCUCGGAUCUUGCGUCCAAAGACACGGCCUACACUUCGAUGGCGCUGGAGGCGCACACGGACAACACGUAUUUCAGCGAUCCUGCAGGGCUGCAGAUGUUCCAUUUGCUCUCUCACACCGACGGCGAUGGCGGCGCUUCGCUGCUCGUCGACGGAUUCAAGGUUGCUAUGGAGCUCAAGGAAAAAGAGCCAGAGGCAUACCUGCAUUUAUCCAAAAUCUCCUUCUGUGGCCACGCCAGUGGCAACGACGGCAUCGUCGUCACCCCUCAUCGCUUCUUCCCGGUUUUGCACCACAUAGCGGCCGGGAGGAGGCUGAUCCAGAUCCGGUGGAACGACUCGGACAGAGGGUCAUUCCAAGGACGCUUGUCCCUGACCCAACAGUGGUACGAUGCGGCUAGGGAGUGGAAUAAACUGCUGAAAUCGGCUGAGAACGAGUACUGGGAGCAGCUGAAGCCGGGCCGGCCGUUGAUCUUCGACAACUGGCGCGUCCUCCACGGCCGAUCAGCAUUUACAGGCAAGCGCAGGCUCUGCGGUGGCUACAUCAACAACGACGACUACAUGUCCCGGUACAGGACUCUGAACCUGCCGGACGGAGGGAAUGUGAUCUAG